UGCAUCCAGCAUGGGAAAGCCUUGGGUUUGUCAGCUUGCUUCCAGGACCAAGUCAGAAGGCACCCUGAGGGCCAGUCCUGUCAGGGUAAGCUUUGUGGGAAAGCUUUUUAGUGCCAUAUAUCAUUACAAAAGCACAUGCAAAGACACGCUGCAGAGAAACUCCACAAAGGCAAGGAAUGUGGCAAAGCCUUCCGUGGGCCUGAGCUCGUACAGCAACACAUGAGAACCCGCACUGUCGAGAAGCCCUGUGAAUGUAAGGAAUGUGGGAAAGUCUUCACAUGGCCGUCAUCUCUACCGGUGCACACGAGACGGCACACUGGAGAGGAACCAUAUCAGUGUCAGCCAUGUGGGAAGGCCUACAAAGAAUCGCUAAGUAGACACAAGAAGAUACACCCUGCAGAGAAGCAAUAUUCUUGUGAUGGGAACCCUCCUAAGAGUGAAUUCGUGUACAGUGUUCCAGAAAAUGCACCCCAGGACAGCAACCUUCUAAAAAUGGUAAAUAUGGCCUUGCCCUGAUGAGUACCUCAGCGUCACGGUGGACACAGGAGGAAUCUGAGGUUUGAUUUCCAAAUAAACGUUUAAGGAAAAAAAUAGUUCUCUGAGGCUA